ACAAAAGAAAUAACAAUUCAUUGUAAUUAAUUAAUUAAAAUUUUUGAUUUUAAGUGAAGUGGCAGAUUUGUCAAUAAAAAAAAUGCAAGGGAUAAAUGUGAAAAUAAAAAGAAAUAUUUAAUCUCAUAUCCGUGUUUCCAAAUAAUUCUCAUUUAAUCUGUUAUCCAAGUUUCCAAACAACAAAAUUUGUAAAUGAGAAAGAAAUACAGUGACUAAAUCGUAACUGCCCCCUCCCAUUAAUGUCAGCUUCAUUAGAGCAAUUUCUGGAAAAAAACAAGAAACGCUAAGUGUCACAGAAUAGAGUUCUGCUUCCUCCCCAAAUACACUAACAGAAAAAAAUGUUACAAUUUCCCAGAUUAUAGAAGAGCUCUAUGAUUCUCUUAAAAGGCUAUUAUUACAUUCUGUUAUCUCACAAUCCCUUAAAACAAAAAUCAAUACUCCCUCUCUUUUAAUUCAACAGGUGGUGCAGCAAGUUAGAAUUUGAUUCCGGAGUUAACUAGAAAAGCAGAAAUCGACUGUUUUCAGCAAACGUGUUCUGAUUUUUGCUCUUUCUUGGCUUGACCACUCCACUCACUUACGGCCAGCUUCUCUCACUCUUGUUCACUCAAGACUGUUUUGUUCUCACUCACUCUAUCUGUUUUUACACUUGUGUUACAAUGUCAUAACACAAGCACUCUCUCUUUACUCUCUCUCACGUUUGUCUUUGUUCGUGUAGAGAGAGAAGAGAGUUUAUCUUGUAUGUCUACAUUGUUAUUUCUCCAACUCAUUUUUUAUUAGAAUUGGAUAUAUUUCUCACAACAACACUAAACAUACUUAUAGUAGUUUUCAUUAACUACUACACAUGCACUUGAACAACUACAACUUACAGCUUAGCUUUUAUUCAACACUUCACGCUUCCUUGCUAGCUUGGCCAACUAAUAUAUUUUCUUCUCAACUUGAUUAUUUGUAACUAAAUUCACAUCUCAACUUCUCGUUGGACUUCUUCUUUUAGUUGGCUUUUGCUUCUUUUUCUUUUCCUUGGAUGGUAAGCAAUCUCUUGCUUCCACUUCUUCUACGUGACUCCUUGGUCACUUCUUCUUAUUCGUUUCUUGUGUGGCAAGCUUCCUUGCUUCCACUUCUUCUCUUGGAGGAUUUAAUCAAGGUUCAAUCUCAACAAAACGACAAAAGUUGAGGAAUCGCAUAGUCGAUAAUUGAGGUCCGUCUGAUUUUGUAAAGUCAACUAGCACUUCAAAAUUUUAAUUGUAUAGUGAGUAGUUGAGGAAUAAAAAUGUUAAUUAAAAGUAGCAAACUACAAAAGUAAGGAAUUAAAAUAGCAAACGACAAGGUUUUAUAUUAUUUUCUGAUCCAAACACGACGGAGACACAUGACCACUUUCAACGGCGCACUGACAUUUUAAUAUCCGUGUGUGUAUCUUGAAAAUCUUGAACUCUUAAGUUUCUCUCUAAUGGCUAUGAUAAGCUUACUUGAAAUCACAGUUUCUUUCCUUUGUUUCUCCUUCUUCUUUGGAUAUUUCUUUAUUAUGAAGAAACCUCACCGUUCGUUUCCCACGAACUGGCCAUUCCUCGGUAUGCUUCCGGGCCUACUUGUAGAGAUCCCUCGUGUGUACGACUAUAUAACCGAGUUUCUCGAAGCCUCAAACUUAACUUUUCUUUUCAAAGGCCCAUGUUUCGUUGGCGUCAACAUGUUGUUCACUGUAGAUCCGGCUAAUAUUCAUCAUAUCAUGAGCUCAAACUUCACAAACUACCCAAAAGGAUCCGAGUUCAAGAAGAUAUUCGAUGUUUUGGGAGAUGGGAUUUUCAACGCGGAUUUCGAUCUAUGGAUGGAUCUGAGGAAGUCAGCUCAAAGCAUGAUGAGUCGCCCGGAGUUUCAAAGGUUUACACUAAGAACAAACAUGAGAAAGCUAGAGAAAGGGCUUGUCCCAAUUCUUGAUCACUUUGCUGAGAAGAAACUAGUCCUUGAUUUACAGGAUGUGUUCCAAAGAUUCACCUUCGACACUACCUUUGUUUUAGCGACCGGGAUUGAUCCGGGUUGUCUCUCGAUUGAAAUGCCAGAAAUCGAGUUUGCUAGAGCUUUAGAUGAAGCAAUGGAAGUGAUAUUUUUCAGACAUAUCAAGCCGGAGAUUGUUUGCAAGAUACAAAGGUUGCUUGGGUUUGGAGAUGAGUUGAAGAUGAAAAUUGCUCACUCGACUUUAGAUCGAAUUUGCUCUAAGUGCAUAGCUUCAAAGAGAGAUGAAAUAACACGUGGCGUUACUAGCAUCGACUCUUCUUCUAAAGAUUUGUUGAUGUCUUACAUGGAUGUAGACACCACCAAGUACAAGUCGUUGAAUCCAGAUGAUGACAAGUUCCUCAGAGACAUGAUUCUAAGCUUCAUGAUAGCAGGUAGGGACACCACAGGCUCUGCUCUCACUUGGUUCUUCUGGCUUCUCACCAAGAAUCCGGAAGUAACGACCAAGAUUCGUCAAGAAAUCAACACAAAAAUAUCUCCAAGAACCAAUAAUGAUUCUGAUCAUUUCUCUUCACAAGAACUAAACAAGUUGGUGUAUCUACAUGGCGCCUUGUGUGAAGCCCUCAGGCUAUAUCCACCGGUUCCAUUUCAGCACAAGUCUCCUACAAAACCCGACGUUCUUCCAAGCGGACACAAAGUCGAGCCAAGUACGAAGAUUGUGUUUUGUCUCUACUCACUAGGGAGAAUGAAAUCGGUAUGGGGAGAAGAUGCAUCAGACUUUAAACCAGAGAGAUGGAAUUCGGAAACUGGAAGUUCGAUACAUGUGCCAUCUUUUAAGUUCUUAUCGUUCAAUGCCGGUCCACGAACUUGUUUGGGGAAAGAAGUGGCUAUGACGCAGAUGAAGACAGUGGCUGUGAAAAUCAUACAAAACUAUGAGAUAAAGAUCGUUGAAGGACACACGAUUGAGCCAGUUCCUUCUGUUAUUCUUCGCAUGAAACAAGGCCUUAAAGUCAUGGUCACUAAGAGAUCUAAUUUGGUCUAAAUGUUAUCCAAUACUUUUGUGGUAUACUAAGUGUUUUCCUCCGGCA